CGAUCGUUGGAGAAGUCCUGCCCUUGGAACUGAGGCUGCUGUCCCUGUCGGCCAUGAGUGUGAAAAAGCUUAGUAUCUAUUGUGAUGAUCUGACUGAUUAAAAGUAUGCGGAAUCUGCAAUUUGUCAAAAUCUGGCAGGGAGGUCGACACUCAGUGAGCAAGCGCGUGCUCAGGGUACUCAAAGACUCUUCCCAGCUUAGACAACUGCACAUCUGUACUCCCAAGCUUGAAACGAGAGAUGUGAGGAAGCUUGAACAGCUUGAAAUCUUCUCCAUUGAUGUGGAUCUAACAGCCAAGGGCCUGUUACACUCCUGCAGAACAAUGACAAAUCUGCGGACUCUACGUCUUACCGAUCAAGUGAGCAGUGCCAGACUCAGAGAAGUCCUGGUGCAUUUACCCCACAUACGGGACCUGAGCUUCUGCAUAAAUCGCUGUGUCUCAAAGCACUCGAAACUAUUGGACUGCUGCCGAGACGCAAGCAGCUCCUUGUCAAGGCUCUUCGAUUUCCUGGCCAGCCAAAGGAGCACCUUGGUAGCUCUCAGUGUCAAGGGUCCGAUAUGUGCUGUUCACGAAGCCGAGUCCCUGGUCAGAAUAAAGUCACUGAAGUCCCUCGACUGUAACUUUUCCAGCCCCGAUUUUGUGCUGCUCCUGCGAGAGCUCCCAUCCCUAAGGGUUUUGCGUAUCACGUACCUCCAGCCGAUAGAUAUAUCCUAUGCGUAUCUGCACCUGGUUCGACAGUGCCGCGAGCUGCGGUUCCUGCGCAUCUUCGACUACAACAUCAAUCCGGACUUUGUGAGGAAGGCCUCCGAAGUGCUGGAAGAUGUAGAGGCUAAAAAGCCCCUGCAACUUCUUAUCCACGGUCGACACAGCUCGGCAACGCUGAGGGAGUUUACCUCCAUGGCUGAGGAUAGGAAAAAUCUCCUAUUCCGCUCAAUAACUGCCAGUGAACUGUUUACUUUGAUAUAAGAGAGCAGGAAACACAAUAAAUACGUACAUAUACACAAAAUAUUAAACAUUUUCAAAAUAAAAAUGAAUUUAUACGAGUAUGUAU